AUGCACGAAAAUGCUGGUAACUCACCGGAUGUUGCUUCUGCUUGGAUUCAUAAUUCAUUUGCGCAUCACAUGGAUUGUAAGGGCCGCAAUGCCAAACAAGAGAAGGGAAAGAAAAACCGAGAGAAGAAAGAGGUAGAGAGCGUGAGAGGCACGCGUGGAAAAGAAGCAUAUUUGAUAUAG